GCCCGCACUUCCCGGUAGGCUGAGUCUCUCAUCUGCUAACCCGAGUACAGUGCGGUGAUCUAUCCCCGACCAUACGUUCAGGUCGGAGUUUGACAGUGGGAGUACAAAGUGGAAAGAUACACAAUGAGUUAUGUCUUUGUGCAGUGUUGUAAUUUGUCAAGUGCAGCCUAUUAACAAUCGUACACGACUUAAAUAGCAAAAAAGAAACAGCAACUGAUUUCACGAGUGACUGAAAACUGGAUUGAAAGGAGGAACUUAAUCGAACGAGAUUUCAUAUCGUGACCAGUUUGUUUUUAAAGCGAUUUAGUUUAAAAAUAGACAAGAUUCAUUCUUCUGAUACAUGUACACUGUUCGCACGCUCAGCUACCAGUAAAUGAUUCCAUUAAGCACGUUCUGGCCGCCAGGAGCAUAAAACAAUAGGACCUAAACUCAGUGUACUUAUCAACGACUUCACUUCUAACCAUGAGGCUCUGGGUGCGAAGAAAGUUGAUAAUCGGCUCCACGUUAACUCUGAUCUUUUUCACAUUAGGAUUACAAUUAGUUUUCAAAAACUCCAAAAGAGGGAAAGAAAUUAUAAUUGAAUGAGGUGGUAGCACAAGCUGAAUUAUUCCCGUUUAUAGGUCGCCGCUUGAAGAUAGGUCGGAGGUUAUAAAUGACAAUAUAUUGAGACAGUGGCUAGAGAACAAAUCCAGCUUCGCCUCGCACACUUCAGUUCAAAUCCAGCCAAGCCCUGCGGCUGUUAACCAGAGUACCAGUCCAGUGUUUCAAGAAACUGCAGAAAGGAAAUUUGUGUUUAUCUAUGAAGACGAGAAGUCUAUAGGCAACGAUGGUUGGUCAGUGCCAAGGAUGCCAGGUUUAUUCGCCUACUUGCCGCAUUUGACCGCAAACAAAAGUUUACUUCUACCAGAGUUCAAAAUAUCCAAAGGCAGAAACAAUGUGACGUUUGUGAUUGGUAUCCCAAGUAUUAGAAGGCCUAUUGAUGUGUAUCUGAUCAAUACGUUACAGUCUCUCAUCCAAGGCAUGAACGAGACAGAGAAAACGGAAACAGUUCUGAUCGUCUGUAUAACAGAGCCAUGGAACAUAUCGUACGAGAAAAAGAUUAUUUUAGACAUAAUACAGAAAUUUCCCAAAGAGCUAGAUUCAGGACUCUUGGAAGUUAUAACUCCACAAGCUGGCUACUACCCAGAUCUAAGCCAACUAAAAGCAGGACUGGGGGAUCCACAUGAAAGAGUGAAAUGGAGGUCCAAACAGAACCUGGACUACGCGUACUUAAUGUUAUACUCCUGGAAGAGAGGUUCUUACUAUUUACAAUUAGAAGACGACAUUCAGGCUUCACCUGGCUUUAUUGGGGGAAUGAAAAGUGCCUUAAGUGGAAAUUACGGAGACUGGUUUCUAUUGCAAUUUUCAACGUUAGGAUUUAUAGGUCGAUUGUUCAAGUCCCAAGAUGUUCCGAAAGUCAUGGAAUUUUUAUUUAUGUUUUAUGCCAGCAAGCCAUGCGAUUGGUUGUUAGAAGACUUUCUCAGAGUUCGAAUGUGUGGCCAUGGUGAUAUAUGGGCCUAUUGCAUCCAUAAGAUCCGGAGUGUGGCACGUCUAAUUACACCCACCCUCUUUCAACAUGAAGGCUUUCAUUCUUCUUUUUCUGGCAAUGUCAAUAAAUUAAAGGAUAAAUCUUUUGGGACAGGUGCUAAAAAAAUAUUUUUUAACCCUCCACUGUCUGGCAUCAUCAAUAACCUGCAGGCGUAUUCCAAGUAUGAUAUCUAUGCUUUGUACAAUGGUGAUGACAUCUUCUGGGGAGGCAACCCUAAAGCUGGAGAUGUCAUUGAUUUCAUAUUUGACCAUCCUGUUCCUUUAGCAAGAAUACACAUUGAAAGUGGAAACAGUGAACAUCCAGGGGACAUAAUUAGAGAAGCGUCCUUGGAAAUCUUGCCAGAUGAGUUUGUAGAUGGCGGCAAUUUGACAAGAAAAACAACACCAUUUAGUGAGAAAGAAAAAGCUGCGAAUAUCAAGAGAUAUGACUUUCUUCCUCAAUUAAAGAAUCUCAAUGACACAUAUCAUGUUCUUGGUACAUUCAAUUCAGAUGGUGCAUUCAUCAUGGAUGUUCCUCCAAAGUAUGGGAGAAUUUUAAUUCUUAGAAUAGCUUUCCACUCCAAUUCACAGACAUGGGUUCUCAUUAAAAAGAUGGAGUUACAUGUAAGAUGAAAUGAAUUUGUUUAAACUUCAGCUUGUUGUUCACUAGAAUUCCGCCUUCCUGACUGUUACACUUUGAAAGCUUGUUUUCCAUGAAGCCUUUUUUCGUUUUUGUAUUAAACAAUGUUUAUUGUGAUAUGUCCACAUUUCCAUUGAAGCAUAUUUGUUCAUUGUCUAGUCAAAUUAUAAUGGUUUGAUGUUACCAGAAAAAAAAAGAGGUAAUGGGAAGUUCACAUUCAAUCCCUUGAUGUAUUAAAGUGUGAAGAGAUAAUUUGUGUUGAAUGUCCACUGGUACACAGUUAACAUGACCUUCAUUUCACACACACAAACAAAUAGAUUACCGUGUUCCAUGUCUGCUUGUUGGUGGUUUGAAUGGGUUCUAAGUGCCCAAAACAUUUUAUGUAUCAAUGUCUAGGCCUUGUCUUUAUAAUCUAAUGAUGUUUAAAUUGUAUAAGUUAAAUUAAGCCUGAAGUUAAGAUAUUCGAUUUUUUUUUGUCUGUGUAAUAAUGUUCUUUCGUUGCUAUUUCAUUUAGCAUUUAGCGAACGUUUUUGGUCCUGAUGUAUGUUUUAUCGGAUUUUGCUCGAUAGAAAACACUUAAAAGAGAAAGAAAGGAGAGGAUGUUCAAUUGUUUACUUACAUUGAGUUUGCUAGGAACACGUCUGAGAAAAUGGUGUAUGCGUAUAUACAUAACCGUGUUUUGAAACGUUAUCUUUGUAGUGGAUGAGUAAAGAAACUGAGUGUGAUUCUUUUACUACUCUAGCUGCCAGUAUUAAUGCUGGUAUUAAACAACUGCUUUGGUCUGGGGGGUCUUAGUGGUCUUGCUCUGAACAACUGACACCAUCAGAAGGAAAAUAUCUGUCUCCUUUUCAUGUGAAAAUUGAUUUCCGGACAUGCCGCUAUGGUCUGGCCAGCUGGCACACAUGUUGUUUGAUGUUAGCCCUGGUAAUUAUCCAUCCAAUCUUAUUUACAUAUACUUGAAGUAAUAAGAAAUGUAAAUGCAACAUUCCGAAGCUAGAAUCUUAUCUUAUACAAUACAGACGUUACUUCAAAAAAGAAGAGGUACGAAUAAUGCUAUUGGGGUAAGGUUUUUCGUUAUUGUCUAAUGAGUCUUAUAAUCACAUUCAAUAUCUUUACGUCUAUAAAAGGCAGCAUUCUGUCUUGUUGAGCCCCCUCCCCCCCCCCAAAAAAAAAAGUUCUAUGUUAGAGUUAUAUUCUUUUAAUAGUAUAAUAUAUUAGUAUGAUGAUUUAAUAAAACUAAAUAAUACAUUAUAUGUCAAGUGAACAUUGUAAUAUUUAUUGUUAUAAGUUUGUUUUAGUUUUAUUUUGUUCUGAUUCUUUGAUCAUGUGUGACACGGACAAAAAAUGUGCUCUAUGCUAUUGAAUUUUUGUGUUUGCCAUAGUGUCUAAGGAUGUUGAACCUUUUACUAAGGCUCAGUUUAAUGAUAUUUAAUCUACAUCAAAAUAAAAUUAAUGUCAUCUUUGUGAA